GGAACCCGAUAGAAAGGUAACUCAUACAACCACACGCGUAUUAUUUUUAUUUGAAAUUUUAUAUUUCACUAUUUUAGGUUAUCGUAUUCUACCCUAAUACAACAAACGCUGACUAGAUGGGUCAGGGUUCAAUAGGUUUAGUGCGAGACACUAUCACUGCAGAGCAGUUUCUCAAGUAUCAGGAGGCUAAUCAUCGUAUGGUCCAUCGAGCCUUUCAGAAAUGUGUUGCUCCCACUUCCAAGGGCAGGGUUGACAUCUUUGACUUAGCGGAUGAGGAGCGGAAUUGUGUAGAAGAGUUUGCAUUGCUAUACGCUGCAUUUGCUAAGAAAAGUUUUUUGCAUUUCAAUAGCCUAUAUGAGCAGCAUCAGAGGGAUAUGUACGAGAAAGCCAGAUUAGAAUAUAUGCAACAGCAGGCGCGCCAGGAUCUCAAGAAAUAAUAAAUGCAGCAAGAAGGGUAGCAUAAUUUUUUACAAAUUUAAUUGUAAAAUUUGCUAAUGGUGCUCACCUAUGGAAUUAUCGUUGCGCAAUGCUUUCGCACAACGAACAACUCCGCCGUUGAAUUUGUUAUGUUGGGCAAUUGGGGUUGUGGAAAGCUGCGUAUCGUUUCAAAUAAUGAAUCCAAAUAAACAGAUGAAAAUACACCACAAGUUGUUAUGGUAGUAUUCACUUUAAUAUACGUGUUUGUUGAGUAGCAUAACGACAGACGAUUCUAAAGCACGUACUAUCAAAAGUGAGAUUCACUUUUCUGACUAAAAUAAA